CGUGAUCCUUAGCGAGUCAAGGGCACCCGCAGUGCGCAGCUGCCAUUCUUAAAGCUUAAGGCUUCAGACCGCUCGUCCUGGUUUAUCCUAACGCAAACAUGAUCACCUAUUCAGAUAAUCCUCCAGCCUACGAAUUUGUCGCAGCCCAGACAAACAGUGGUUCUGACGCACCGCUGCCUGACAAGGCUGAGGCUAAACAUGUGGCCCAGCAGACCCACCAGUCUCCACUGACAGCACCUCCUGUCAUGAGUGUUCACGGUCGGCCGGCGCCUACGAUGCAACCAGCCACAGUCUAUCACUACCACAACCCGGACACUGGCGAUCAUUUGGCAUCUCUACUUCCUCCCGACCAUCCUGAAAUGGUCUGUCUACAGCAGGGUAGCCACGACACGCAGACUAGGUUUGGCAUCCUCGGUCUCUUGGCGGCGGUGCUAUGGUUUCCACUUGGUGUCGGCCUCUGCCUUCUAGAUCGUAGAGUGGUAUGCAGGCGUUGCGGCUUGCUUAUCGAUGAUGGUGUUUGCAACUAAUCAUGAUCUACGACGGCAUUACUGUGUCCUUUUUCUUCGCUCCGAUACCUUCUACAUGAUCAUGGACUUUCGAUUCCCUGUAUUGUAGCCAUUAGUGUAUAUGUUCCUUGAUUGUAUAUUCUGGCACACGUGUGGGAGGUCUGAACCAGACAGCCCUCAAUCUCCUAUUCAAUCCCCCGAAUAGAACACUCAAGGUCACUCGGGAUCGGAUUCGACUAUAUUUGUCGGCUAUUCCACUUCCUC